AUGAGUGCUUCUGACUCUAAAGUUGUUCUAGUCACAGGUUGUGCCAAAGGUGGCAUUGGCUAUGAGUACUGCAAGGCUUUCGCCGAGCAGAAAUGCCGCGUCUUUGCCACCGACAUCUCACACCGCAUGAACGACAUAGACUUAAGUCCUUCAGAAUACAUUGACACACUUGAGCUUGAUGUGUCUUCGGACGAAAGUGUCGCAUUGGCCGUAAAGACGAUUAUUUCCAAGUACGGCCGCAUCGACGUUCUUGUUAAUAAUGCCGGAAUAGGAAGCACCGGACCUCUCGCCGAGCUUCCGUUAGAGACUAUAAGAAGGGCUUGGGAGAUUAACACGCUUGGGCAACUGAGACUUGUACAACAAGUGGUGCCAUACAUGGCAUCACAGCGCAGAGGCAGCAUCGUAAAUAUCGGAAGCGUUGUGGGCAAAGUGCCAACACCAUGGGCAGGGUCUUAUUGUGCAAGCAAGGCAGCAGUGCAUGCAAUGUCAAAUACUUUGAGGGUUGAACUGAAGCCGUUUGGUAUUGAUGUUGUGCUGGUUAUGCCUGGGGCCGUUAGAUCAAAUUUUGGGAGUGCAAAUGUAGAGAGGUUGGGCGGUCAGGAUUGGAAACUAUAUAAGGAGUUCAAGGAGGCUAUUGCUGAGAGAGCCAGGGCUUCUCAAGGAAGCAAAGCAACGGAUGGUAGUGUGUUUGCUAGGCAUGUUGCACAGAAAAUUUUGAGUCCCAGACCACCAAAGGUUAUUAGUUUUGGUCACAUGACUGGUUUGUUUGCUGUGCUUUCUUGGUCUCCUCUUUGGGUGAGAGAUGUCUUCUUCUCAACUCGAUUCAAAUUACAUAAGAAGCUAUAA